GGGGCGGCGCUAGUCUUCUUCAAAUGCUUCUCAACUCUAUUCAGCAAAUAUUUGAAUUCAAUGUUUGGCCAAAUUCUUGGGAUUUUCUCAUCAACAUUAGUGAAUCCGAUUUUCCAUUAAAGCCAAUCAAAGAAUUGGAAAAUUUUUUAGCUUCAAAUCGCAGGAAAAACUUUGUUAAAUCGCACGGACAGGACUCACAACGGUUUAUAUCAAAACAAGGUCUCGACAAGACUUUCUAUGAGUGCGAUACACAUAUGUGGAGAGUGGCUGAUAGAGUGUUACCAACUGGCAUUCGUUGGGACGGAGGGAGCGAUUGGGUUGUAUUGAGCCGUGAAUUUUGUCAUUACAUCACAUAUGAAGACAACGAACUACUGUCAGGACUUAAACAGCUGUUUAAAUACACUUUACUGCCGGCAGAGGUACGCGAUUUGUCACGGAUUUAA